UAAUUCUCUUUACUAAAACUGGCCAUUUAGACUUGGCGGAGGUUCAGUUUGUUUUACCUGAGUUACAGGCGCCGUCAUAAACAAGUUUACACUCGCUUAGUUAGGUCAAAUCUACUGGAUGGAAUCGGAACCACUUCUGACUGGAAGCAUUAACUACGGCUCCCACCCUGACCACAAUGAUCACCUUGAAAAGGGAUCCCCAAAGACGAGACGUCUGUCCUACUCGGUUGCAGCAGAGUCCUGCUGUGUCGAAGGGGGUAAGCGAUUCAGUAGUUCACAAUAUUUGAAGCAUAGCUUCAUAACAUAUUAUAACACGGUCAUAACCAUUUCAUGUCAUAACAGCUCACAUAACUUGUCAUAAUCUGUCAUAUUUUCAUAACACUGUCAUGACAUAUAUUUAGACCUGUUGUGACAUAUGACAUAUGAUAAGGUCCUCUACCCUUUCGCCGAAGUAUACGAUCAGGACACUGAUCACCCAGUCUCUUCUUGCCUGGACGGUGUUGCACUGACAUGAGCAGCAAUUAACGUGGUUGUAUAUGCUACAGUCAACCAACCAAAUUAACCAAAUUGUCACCAAAUGUAAUUAUUGACUGUAAUGUGACUGUAUCAUGAGCGCAUACCCCGUAGCACUUCCAGGAUGCUCUGCAUCUCCUCCUUUGCAGCAUCUCCUCUCAUCUUGAACAAGGACAACAGUCUUGUAAUGGUCCAGUUUCUCCAUGAAGGUGGACUGAAGCGGGAUGGUUGUAAUCCUUCUGAAUUCCUUCUCAAUCUGUGAGAGAGACAGAGAGAGAUUUGUGACUAAUACUGUGAUGAGUAUCUCAGGUCAAGACAACAAAGAAUAAUGAUGAUCAAUCAUUACAUUAUUGGCAAUUGUCAUUCAACUGUAAUUUUACGUGAGUCGGCUGAAACAUGGCUUUGAGGUCACUCACAAGAAGUUAGACUCCAAGUUUGUUUAUGGCAGCCUCCCUCAAGGUCUUCACCUCAACAAUGGAUGCAGAUGCAUGAGCUAGCUACUUUCUCUGAAAAAUAUAAGUAAUGAACAGAAAUCAGAAUAGAGUAUGCAACAAUGCGGUAAUACCGCUAAAGAAAGAAACACAAAAAGCUAAGACUACAUACCAAUAGCAAACACAUUCACACAUUCUCAAACACAUCAAAAUCCCCCUUUAUCAACGUUUUCAUAACAUACAGUGAGGGAAAAAAGUAUUUGAUCCCCUGCUGAUUUUGUACGUUUGUCCACUGACAAAGACAUGAUCAGUCUAUAAUUUUAAUGGUAGGUUUAUUUGAACAGUGAGAGACAGAAUAACAACAAAAAAAUCAAGAAAAACGCAUGUCAAAAAUGUUAUAAAUUGAUUUGCAUUUUAAUGAGGGAAAUAAGUAUUUGACCCCUCUGCAAAACAUGACUUAGUACUUGGUGGCAAAACCCUUGUUGGCAAUCACAGAGGCCAGACGUUUCUUGAAGUUGGCCACCAGGUUUGCAGGGAUUUUUUCCCACUCCUCUUUGCAGAUCUUCUCCAAGUCAUUAAGGUUUUGAGGCUGACGUUUGGCAACUCAAACCUUCAGCUCCCUCCACUUAUUUUCUAUGAGAUUAAGGUCUGGAGACUGGCUAGGCCACUCCAGGACCUUAAUGUGCUUCUUCUUGAGCCACUCCUUUGUUGCCUUGGCUGUGUGUUUUGGGUCAUUGUCAUGCUGGAAUACCCAUCCACGACCCAUUUUCCAUGCCCUGGCUGAAGGAAGGAGGUUCUCACCCAAAAUUUGACAGUACAUGGCCCCGUCCAUCGUCCCUUUGAUGCAGUGAAGUUGUCCUGUCCCCUUAGCAGAAAAACACCCCCAAAUCAUAAUGUUUCCACCUCCAUGUUUGACGGUGGGGAUGGUGUUCUUGGGGUCAUAGGCAGCAUUCCUCCUCCUCCAAACAUGGCGAGUUGAGUUGAUGCCAAAGAACUCCAUUUUGGUCUCAUCUGACCACAACACUUUCACCCAGUUCUCCUCUGAAUCAUUCAGAUGUUCAUUGGCAAACUUCAGACGGGCCUGUAUAUGUGCUUUCUUGAGCAGGGGGACCUUGUGGGCGCUGCAGGAUUUCAGUCCUUCACGGCGUAGUGUGUUACCAAUUGUUUUCUUGGUGACUAUGGUCCCAGCUGCCUUGAGAUCAUUGACAAGAUCCUCCCCUGUAGUUCUGGGCUGAUUCCUCACCGUUCUCAUGAUCAUUGCAACUCCACGAGGUGAGAUCUUGCAUGGAGCCCCAGGCCGAGGGAGAUUGACAGUUAUUUUGUGUUUCUUCCAUUUGCGAAUAAUCGCACCAACUGUUGUCACCUUCUCACCAAGCUGCUUGGCGAUGGUCUUGUAGCCCAUUCCAGCCUUGUGUAGGUCUACAAUCUUGUCCCUGACAUCCUUGGAGAGCUCUUUGGUCUUGGCCAUGGUGGAGAGUUUGGAAUCUGAUUGAUUGAUUGCUUCUGUGGACAGGUGUCUUUUAUACAGGUAACAAGCUGCGAUUAGGAGCACUCCCUUUAAGAGUGUGCUCCUAAUCUCAGCUCGUUACCUGUAUAAAAGACACCUGGGAGCCAGAAAUCUUUCUGAUUGAGAGGGGGUCAAAUACUUAUUUCCCUCAUUAAAAUGCAAAUCAAUUUAUAACAUUUUUGACAUGCGUUUUUCUGGAUUUUUUUGUUGUUAUUCUGUCUCUCACUGUUCAAAUAAACCUACCAUUAACAUUAUAGACGGAUCAUUUCUUUGUCAGUGGGUAAACGUACAAAAUCAGCAGGGGAUCAAAUACUUUUUUCCCUCACUGUAUAGCUAACGUUAGCUAUGUUAGCUAUCAACUAUUCAUGUAGCUAGCUAGCUACCUAGAUAGCUAGUUAGUGUUUGUUAAUCACUACAGAUGGUGGUGUGCAAAACCACUAGCUAAAUAUUCACCCAUGCAUUGUAACGUACAGCUAACUCAGUGCCAUUAUCCCCGGAAGGUGAGGUAUUGAAAACAGGGGUGUCAAUCAUUUUUGAGAAAAGAAUUAUUACUUGUUAAACAAAAUAUUUUUCUCUGAGCAAUUGUAUUAGUAUAAAAUAGUAUAAUUUCCCCAUUUGUUGAGCAUACAAUAUAGCUCAGUAUUUAAAUUAUUUAUUAUAUACAGUCAUUUUUGCUCAUUUUAUCAUUUUAUCAAGGCCUUGACAAGGGUGUCAAUAAUUUCGGACCCCACUGUAUACACUGUAUAUACAGUAUAUAUAUAAUUUCAUGACCUCUUGAAUUUAUGUCAAGUAUGCCUUUUGAAGUAAAAUAUUAUAAAUUACAUUUGACACAUGGGUUCCAGACAAAGUACAUUAAAAAUAAAAAUAAACUUGUUAAAGAACAUACUACUGUCUGGAGGCCUAUCACGUACCUACACCAUAUAUCAGUCAUAAGUCCUGCUCCUGCAUUCAUUCCAGUCAUCAACAACAGAACACUGAGGUAGGCACAGGUUUUACAUCAAUGUGUGUGCAAUUACCAUGGUAAUAAAAUUGCCAAUUUCAGGUAAUGUUAUAAAACAUACUAUUUACAAGUAGGCUAUGCUGGAAUGGAAUGGUUUGCCUUGUUUGGUAGGUUUUGUGGGUUUUGACACUCUUAUGUAGGUGUCAUAACCAGCCAUGAAACAUUGCAAUAUAUCUCAAAACACAAAAUGAGGAAAAAAAAAUCCAGAAAAUCACAUUGUAGGAUUUUUAAUGAAUUUAUUUGCAAAUUAUGGUGGAAAAUAAGUAUUUGGUCAAUAACAAAAGUUUCUCAAUACUUUGUUAUAUACCCUUUGUUGGCAAUGACACCGGUCAAACGUUUUCUGUAAGUCUUCACAAGGUUUUCACACACUGUUGCUGGUAUUUUGGCCCAUUCCUCCAUGCAGAUCUCCUCUAGAGCAGUGAUGUUUUGGUGCUGUCGCUGGGCAACACAGACUUUCAACUCCCUCCAAAGAUUUUCUAUGGGGUUGAGAUCUGGAGACUGGCUAGGCCACUCCAGGACCUUGAAAUGCUUCUUACGAAGCCACUCCUUCGUUGCCCGGGCGGUGUGUUUGGGAUCAUGGUCAUGCUGAAAGACCCAGCCACGUUUCAUCUUCAAUGCCCUUGCUGAUGGAAGGAGGUUUUCACUCAAAAUCUCACGAUACAUGGCCCCAUUCAUUCUUUCCUUUACACGGAUCAGUCGUCCUGGUCCCUUUGCAGAAAAACAGCCCCAAAGCAUGAUGUUUCCACCCCCAUGCUUCACAGUAGGUAUGGUGUUCUUUGGAUGCAACUCAGCAUUCUUUGUCCUCCAAACACGACGAGUUGAGUUUUUACCAAAAAGUUAUAUUUUGGUUUCAUCUGACCAUAUGACAUUCUCCCAAUCCUCUUCUGGAUCAUCCAAAUGCACUCUAGCAAACUUCAGACGGGCCUGGACAUGUACUGGCUUAAGCAGGGGGACACGUCUGGCACUGCAGGAUUUGAGUCCCUGGCGGCGUAGUGUGUUACUGAUGGUAGGCUUUGUUACUUUGGUCCCAGCUCUCUGCAGGUCAUUCACUAGGUCCCCCCGUGUGGUUCUGGGAUUUUUGCUCACCGUUCUUGUGAUCAUUUUGACCUCACGAGGUGAGAUCUUGCGUGGAGCCCCAGAUCGAGUGAGAUUAUCAGUGGUCUUGUAUGUCUUCCAUUUCCUCUUGAAUUUAUGUCAAGUAUGACCUUUGAAGUAAAAUAUUAUAAAUUACAUUUGACACAUGGGUUCCAGACAAAGUACAUUAAAAAUAAAAAUAAACUUGUUAAAGAACAUACUACUGUCUGGAGGCCUAUCACGUACCUACACCAUAUAUCAGUCAUAAGUCACAAAUGCUGUCCUGCUCCUGCAUUCAUUCCAGUCAUCAACAACAGAACACUGAGGUAGGCACAGGUUUUACAUCAAUGUGUGUGCAAUUACCAUGGUAAUAAAAUUGCCAAUUUCAGGUAAUGUUAUAAAACAUACUAUUUACAAGUAGGCUAUGCUGGAAUGGAAUGGUUUGCCUUGUUUGGUAGGUUUUGUGGGUUUUGACACUCUUAUGUAGGUGUCAUAACCAGCCAUGAAACAUUGCAAUAUAUCUCACAACACGUAUACAUAUAUGUGUCAUGACAGUGUUAUGACAGUGUUAUGACAGGUUUUGACAAGUUAUGCCAACUGUUAUAACAUGUUAUGACAUGGUUAUGACCAUGUUAUAAGGUGUUAUGACGCUAUGCUUCAAGUAACGUGUUACCAAUUGUUUUUAAUGCCUCAAAACUCUAUUUGAAUGGUCCACGAUGUGUUGAUAAAAAAUCUAUAACAUGCUUGGUGACAGUAGAAAUCAUUGACAGGAAGUUUUCUUUGGCAGCACAUUGUGGACUGCUUUUGAUAAAAAAGUUGCCCUGUCAGAGACAGCCAUGAUGAUUGAUGACACAUAAUGUGGUUGUAGUCAGCAGUGAGUCAUCCAGUCUGGGCUACUAACAAUUGCUCUAUGGGCGGGACAUGUUCUUUCAAAACAUGGGGAGAAAAUAAUAGUCAUCUGAAAAGGGAAACACUAUCAAACAUGAAUGUGACCAUGUAUUAUGACUGGAAAAUGUACCUUUAAAAGUUAGACCAGUGGAGCGACAUUGCAGAGGCAGUGGGAUUCUGGGUAAACGGUUCAACUGUAUGUUGAGAAUUUGAAUGAAGCCUAUCAUUCUUGUCAUGCUAUAUGGAGGGAAACAAUAAAAUCCAAUGAUUUUAAACAAUAAAGUCCCAAAUCCUAUGAAUUGCCCUGAAACAGGUUGAAAUGCCAAGCUCCACAUUGUGUUAUGUCCUGUUGAACAAGGAUUGCCCUGCCCUAGAUUACUCUACCCUUUUCAGACAUCCCAUUUUACUGAUGAUGUACAGUAGCUCUUCUUUACACCCCACACAAAGCUUUUGAAAGACAGUCAUGUAAUGAAAUACACUACAUGGCCAAAAGUAUGUGGACAUCUGCUCGUCGAACAUCUUUCCAAAAUCAUAGGCAUUAAUUUGGAGUUGGUACCCCCUUUGCUGCUAUAACAGCCUCCACUGUUCUGGGAAGGCUUUUCACUAGAUGUUGGAACAUUGCUGCAGGUACUUGCUUCCAUUCAGCCACAAGAGCAUUAGUGAGGUCGGGCACUGAUGUUGGGCGAUUAGGCCCGGCUCGCAGUCUGCAUUCCAAUUCUUCCCAAAGGUGUUCGAUGGGGUUUAGGUCAGGGCUCUGUGCAGGCCAGUCAAGUUCUUCCACACCGAUCUCGACAAACCAUUUCUGUAUGGACCUCGCUUUGUGCACGGGGGCAUUGUCAUGCUGAAACAGGAAAGGGCCUUCCCCAAACUGUUGCCACAAAGUUGGAAGCACAAAAUUGUCUAGAAUGUAAUUGUAUGCUGUAGUGUUAAGAUUUCCCUUCACUGGAACUAAGGGGCCUAGCCCGAACCAUGAAAAACAGCCCUAGACCAUUAUUCCUCCUCCACUAAACUUUACAGUUGGUACUAUGCAUUCGGGCAGGUAACGUUCUCCUGGCAUCCGCCAAACCCAGAUUCGUCCGUCGGACUGCCAGAUGGUGAAGCGUGAUUCAUCACUCCAGAGAACGCGUUUCCAAUGCUCCAGAGUCCAAUGGCGGCGAGCUUUACACCACUCCAGCCGACGCUUGGCAUUGCGCAUAGUGAUCUUAGGCUUGUGUGCAGCUGCUCGGCCAUGGAAACCCAUUUCAUGAAGCUCCCGACCAACAGUUCUUGUGCUGACGUUGCUUCCAUAGGCAGUUUGGAAGUCGGUAGUGAGUGUUGCAACCGAGGACAGACCAUUUUUACGCACUACACGCUUCAGCACUCAGAGGUCCCGUUCUGUGAGCUUGUGUGGCCUACCACUUCGCGGCUGAGCCGUUGUUGCUCCUAGACAUUUCCACUUCAUAAUAACACCACUUACAGUUGACCGGGGCUGCUCUAGCAGGGCAGAAAUUUGAAGAACUGACUUGUUGGAAAGGUGACAUCCUAUGACGGUGCCAUGUUAAAAGUCACUGAGCUCUUUAGUACGGGCCAUUCUACUGCCAAUGUUUGUCUAUGAAGAUUGCAUGGCUGUGUGCUCUAUUUUAUACACCUGUCAGCAACGAGUGUGGCUGAAAUAGCCGAAUCCACAAAUUUGAAGGGGUGUCCACAUACUUUUAUAGCGUAGGUUAGAUGGGGUCAAAGACAAAUCCAGGACAUGAUAUGGCUUAUUGACACAGACCAGAAUAGCUGUAUGAAUUGGAUUCAUUGUUGUAGGCCCAAACUGAAAAUAAUAAUUUAGUUGAAGUGACAGUCCAGUCCAUUAAGUGAAAGAGGGUUCAGUUGACAUUUAGAUGUCUGAUCAGCUCUGUGGAAAAAUGCCUGCAAUCCGUAUCUAAUUUAAUCUGACCUGGCGAGCGAUGCUUGGAGCACACUAUUCAUCCAGACUUGGUUAUAAUUCGAUUGGAAUAUUUGAAAGACUAAGAUGAAUUCAGACGUGCUAAUGUUGAACUUUACUACAUACACAUGCACACAGGCCUACAGUAGGAUUAGGAUAUGGGCUCAGACUUUGACCUCUGUGGAAAUGACUGUACUGUUUUUGUUAUAGAAUCAGUGGCCACUGAGAAAAGGUGAGCAUGAGAUACAAGGUUUUGGUUUUUGGUUGUGGUUUAUUAAUCUGCUUGAGAAAAACUACAGAUAGGUAGAUAGGUUUGUUUUCAAUCUUUUGUUUUCAAUCAAUACAAAUUAUGACUUUAUUUGUUUGAGAAAAGCUAUUGAUAGGCACUGUUUGUUUUUUACAGUUUUUACAGUAUUUUCCUCUCCUCCUACACAGUUGAUGAGGAUCUCUACCUCCAGCAAGCUGUUGUGUUUAUUGAGGACGCCAUACAGGUGAAACAUAUAUUCUUUGUAUGAACUGUCACUGUAACUGAUUGAAAUACAUUCUUUGUAUGAACUGUCCCUAAACUGGGACCCGUGUAGCUCAGUUGGUAGAGCAUGGCGCUUGCACCGCCAGGGUUGUGGGUUUGAUUCCCAUGGGGGGCCAGUAUAAAAAAAGAUUAAAAAAAAAAAAAAUGGUAUGCACUCACUAACUGUAAGUUGCUCUGGAUAAGAGCGUCUGCUAAAUGACUAAAAUGUAAAACAAUGAAAUGUGUUUCUUCUUCUACAGUACCGAUCCAUCAAUCAUAGGGUGGAUGCAAUCUCAUUACGUCUGUACAGGUGGUACUUCUCCAGGAUAUGGCAAUGGUAAGCUGCUACUGUCAUGAUGAGUCAAAUAAUAUUGUUCUGCAUGUUUAUAUUCUUAUAUUUGUCCUAUCCUCUAAAGUCAGUCAUUAAAUCCCUCUGCACUGCGUCUCACUGCAAUGUGUGACCACACUCAGUAUUGUCAUCAGCAUUGCCAUGACUUAACUCUGUCCUGUCUUAACUUCCUCUGUGGUUAAGUGUAGUGAGAAGAGCACUUUAUGAAGGUGAAGCCAACCAUCACCCUUCCUGUUCUCAGUUUGAAACCCACUCAGGGGUUUUGUGUCAUUGUUAAAUGACUGUCUGUGUUGCUCAGGGGGCUGGGCCUGACUAUUGCGGUCGUCUUGAUUCUGGCUUUCAUCGAGAGGCCCUCAUCCCUCUCCUACACAUCAGACCCUCGCUUCAGACCUCCCCCCUGGGAGCCCCCUUGUGGCCUGACAGAGGGCAUAGAGAUAGUCUGCCUCAUCAUCUUUGCCAUUGACCUCGCUACCAAGGUAACCAUCAGACCAUGUUUCUGCCAAUGUCAACGGUGAAGAGAUACAGUAGAUGGGCAACAAGAAAUCUCAAAGUACAUGAAAAUCCAUUUUCUAUCUUUAUUUGCAAUAACAUAUAUAUGGCUCUAACUUAAUCUAUUGUUCUUAGAGCUAUUUGAUUGGUUGGGAGGAGUUCCGGAAAUGCAAGUGGUUGGUUGUCUACAUCAUGGUCAUCUCAGCAUCUGUAAUUGAUUGGACAUUGACGUUGAGCAUGUAUUGUGAACAGGUGAGAUCAUAUUCAAAAUGUUAGUUUAUACAUCCUGUGUAAUAUGUCUCUUAACAGUUCAUAAAGACAUGGUUUACAAUACAAAGAUUCAAAUGGAAUGUUGCUCUUUCCCUUUGUUGUCAAUGGCAGAACUUACGAGUUAGGAGACUCAUUCGGCCAUUCUUCCUCCUUCAAAACUCCUCCCUGAUGAAGAAAACAUUAAAGUGCAUCAAGAGGACCCUCCCAGAGAUAGCCAGGUAAUUGUGUUUACCACCAACACUUUAUUAAAUCUCAUAUAACCUCCCGAGUGGCGCAGUGGUCUAAGGCCACUAGAGCCUUAGACCACUGCGCCACUAGAGAUCCUGGUUCGAAACCAGGCUCUGCUGUAGCCGGCCGCAACCGGGAGACCAAUGGGGCGGCGCACAAUUGGCCCAGGGUAGGGGAGGGAAUGGCCGGCAGGGAGGUAGCUCAGUUGGUAGAGCAUGGCGUUUGCAACGCCAGGGUUGUGGGUUCGAUUCCCACGGGGGGCCAGUAUGAAAAUAAAAAAGAAUAAUGUAUGCACUAACUGUAAGUCGCUCUGGAUAAGAGCGUCUGCUAAAUGAUGUAAAAUUUAAAUAUCUUCGCUUUACAAUUAUUGUCAACCUCAAAAUACUCUCACUUCUGUGUUUCACAUACGUAAUUCCCUAAAACUGCACUAUAGGGUAUAUUUAGGGUUAUAUACUGAUACAUGAUUCACUCUUGUUUUAGUACAGAUGGCACCCUAAUAUACUUGUAUACGUAUAUAGGCCUGACUGUCAUUGCAGAGGUGUGUCUAAUGCACCUCUCCUCUCUCUCUUGCCUCCCAGUGUUAUCCUGCUCCUGGCUCUCCAUCUCUGCCUCUUCACCAUGAUUGGCAUGCUGCUCUUUGCUAAAGGAGAGGUACGCCCUGUUACACCCCGCUGGCUGUACCGUUGACGCCCAGUUCUCAAGCCUGAACAUGCCCUUUUACCUUACCUCACUACUGUUUUAUCCACCCGGUGGUACAGGCUUUAACAGAGCUUUAACACCAACCAGUGGUAGAUGUGUAGUAUUACACCUACCUGAAUAGAGACCUGAACAGAAACUCACCCCAACAUGACCAGGAUAAAGCACAAUGUGUGUCCAUUUAACAUUGUUAUUAUAAGGGAGUUAAAUAUCUCCAUAUUACUUAUGUUUUGUCCCUAGAACCCAAAGCACAAUGGGGAGUGGGAGGCCUACUUCAGAGACUUGCCCACGUCUCUCUCCUCUCUCUUGGUGCUCCUUACUACAGCCAAUAACCCUGAUGGUAAGUUCACUGUGUUGUUCAUAGUGAAUGAAACAUAUAUUUUCUGCUGCAUACUAUACAGUUGUCUCCUCCACCUAAACCUGUCUUUGUGUUUUUAACAGUGAUGAUUCCUGCCUAUUCCUUAAACCGAGGAUACUCCAUCUUCUUCAUUAUGUUUAGUGGUUUUGGUAAGAACUAGCCACCAAACUGUUAAGAGACAAGGAAAAUAUGAAACGGUUGGAGUGGUAACACAGUCUGUUGUUAAUUGGUCUUAUUUACUGCUUCCAGGAACCUACUUCUUGAUGAACUUACUAACUGCCAUCAUUUACAACCAGUUCAGGGGAUACCUGCUGGUGAGUUUAAGACUGCCACUGGAUUGAUAUGAUUAAAUAUCAGAGCAUUUAAAGGUACAGUGUAAACCCCAUAGAAUAUAAUAAAGAAACUGUUCUCUUGUGGCAGAUGUCUGUCCAGGCGUCCAUCCUAAGGAGGAGACUGGGCAUCAGAGCUGCCUUCGAGGUCAUGUCCUGCCAGGGGCGGGGUCAGGAUGCUACACACUCAGAGGAGCAUGUGUAAGACUGCUCAUUCUCUUAUACUUAGCCCUACACACACAAAGACACACACACAAAGACACACACACACACUGAAUGGCCUUACAUCUUGUCCCUCGCAGAGAGCGUGUGCGGGUGGAUGCAUCUUUGCAGGUCAUGGCGAGGGUACAAAUGAAGUCAUACUACAGACAAGCCAUCAUCAAGGUGAGAAAAGACUACAGUGGAAAUCUUUAGAACAUGUGGAUAAACUUUUGAAUGUGACUUCCUUUGAAUGUGCGUGUUUCCCCGUCUCUCUCUCUCUCUCUCACUCUCUCUCUCUUUUUUCCCCACUCUCUCUCAUUUUCUCCUCUCCCACGGGUCAACCUGUAGAGAGUGCAGCAGUUGUCAGAUGGCUUCAUCCAGUGGGAGGCCUUCCGGAGGCUGUUUGAUGAGCUGGACAAGGACCGCAUCAAAGAGGUGGGGCCACAUCUAAAGAACUGCUCUGUGCAUCUCCACUGUGGAUCAAUGUUACUGUUUUGGGUUAACUUCAACGUUGGUUCUAAACUGUCUUAUUUGACUUGUCUAAAUGAUAGCUAGAUUGAUCUUGUAUGAUUUGAUGAGUCUUCAUUGUCUUUCUCCUGCAGCAUCCUCCAAAGCCAGAGUACAACUCCCCACUCCUCCAGAGGCUUCAGGUGGUUUUCAGCCACUACUAUGUUAUGAUAGUGGGCAACGGCGUAGCCCUGGCCAAUGUCAUGUGCAUCUGUGUAAGUCCAAGACAUUCUUACAUAUGUCGUGCCUGUUGUUUGUGCGUCCCAGCAUAUUAGACUCAACUUGUUUGGUCUCUCUGUUUCUCUCUGUGUGUUGCAGACCAUACUGGUGCUUAACUCCGAGAAGUCCAUUGCAGAGCGGGAUGACUACUACUUGGAAGUUAUUAACUGUUUCUUUAUUCUAUACUACCUGAUGGAGAUGAGUCUAAAGAUAUUAGCAUUUGGAUGGAGAGGCUACCUGUCAUACAGAAACAACAUCUUUGAUGGACUUCUCACAGUUUGCCUUCUGGUAAGAUAUUCUGUAAAUGAAAGGAAACAUAUUAAAGGUGCAAUAUGUAGAAAUCACUCCACCAUUUCAAUGCUUUCGCCUAAUUUCAGUUUAUGUGACAAAUCAAACAAUGUAUAGUGUGUAGAGAAUCAUUGUACAAUCUAAACCGCUGUGAAAUAUAUUUUCAAUAACCUAAAGUAUUGUAUUUUCAGCUGUUUGAAGCUGGAGUACAAAACUGAAAGAAAAAAGACACUAAAACGUAACUUAAGAACGGGGAGCAUAGAAAAAGUGCACAUAGAAUGGAUCGACUUGCUUUCAAUGAGAAUGACAGAUCUAUAACUCACAUUUCUAUGUGAAUGUGGCCGGGUCGCCCAAAAAGCUACGUACUGCCCCUUUAAGCGUAUUUCUGUCUUGGUAAUAUAACUCAAAGUAUUUAUCUUCUUUUUUUUUUUUAACAGGUCCUUCAGAUCACCAUUUUUGCCACCUACAGGCUUCCAUUUCCUAAAUGGUUGGUCUCUUCACUUCGGUCAUAUUUCUCGCUCAACAAAUACAUUCUGUAUAAGGAAAUUGUCCUAAAGGAUGGGGCUCAUUAUAUAUACAGUAACAAUAGUGAUAAAAAAGUAACUUUGUUUACACACACACACAGGUACAUGGGGAUGGUCUAAAACAGGAAUCGAAACAUGGAAAUGAAGAUAUGGUACAUAGUGAUACACAUGAUAAACAUAGCAGAGGAAGAGUGUUACUGAAUAGAACACUAUGAACCGAUGAAUGGUAAUAGAUAAGUUACUAACUAAGUAACACUGUAAGAUUGAAUAAACCUUUGUGUUGUGUGGUUGUCCCAGGAACCCAGCGUCGCGUGGUCUGAUGUCUCUGUGGGAGAUGGUGCGUCUGGUCAACAUGCUCAUCGUCGUCCGCUUCCUCCGUAUCAUCCCUGAUAUCAAGGUGAGGAGUGGUAGUAGGAGUGCCAUCGUUGUCAAUGUACAGUAUGUGACGAGACCAUUGUAUAUGUUGUAUUUGCCUCCACCUAGUGGUGGAAAUGGUUUAUUGCUUGACUUUUGCUCUAUUUUGGUGUACCGGUAUGUCAAUAGAUUUGUAUUGUUGUAAAGUCCUCCUGGUACAGCCAAUGUCUCUAUCAUCUCUGGUUAUGCAUGUUGGUAUUAUCAUAUAGAAAUAGUCAUCCUUGUGUUUUUAUGCCUCUUUUAGCUGAUGGCACUUGUAGCGAGUACUUUGGUUGACCUGGUGAAAAACCUCCGAGCUUUUGCAGGAAUACUAGUGGUGAGUGACUCAAUUACACUUAUUUUUUUCUCUUUUGUUCUCUCACCCAACUAGUCAUUUUAAAUGCAUCUCUAUACACUAGGCAUCUGUUUGCUGGACAUCAUGAGUGCCCUAUCACAGCUAACAGCUAUCUGUGUUUUAUGCCUCUUUGUUCUUUAGGUGGUGUUCUAUGUGUUUGCUGUCCUUGGCAUCUGGCUGUUCCAGGGAGCCAUCACAGCUCCAGGGCAGAUUAGGUACAGUUUGACACAAUUAUAUUUUUGAAAGCUUGUACCCUAUUCACAAACCUCAAAGUAGCAAUGGCCUCCUACAGUAGCUAAUAAAAUAAAAUAAAAUAAAAUUGUAUUGGCCACAUGCGCCGAAUACAACAGGUGUAGAAAUUACAGUGAAAUGCUUACUUACAGCCCUUAACCAACAAUGCAUUUAUUUUUUAAUAAAAAAAGUAAAAUAAAACAACAACAAAAAAGUGUUGAGAAAAAAAGAGCAGAAGUAAUAUAAAAUAACAGUAGGGAGGCUAUAUAUACAGGGGGGUACCGGUGCAGAGUCAAUGUGCAGGGGCACCGGCUAGUUGAGGUAGUAAUUAACAGAGUAGCAGCAGCGUAAAAAGAUGGGGUACCGCUUGCCGUGCGGUAGCAGAGAGAACAGUCUAUGACUAGGGUGGCUGGAGUCUUUGACAAUUUUGAGGGCCUUCUGACACCGCCUGGUAUAGAGGUCCUGGAUGGCAGGAAGCUCCUUUGUCUUGGUCACGUUGAGGGAGAGGUUGUUAUCCUGGCACCACACGGCCAGGUCUCUGACUUCCUCCCUAUAGGCUGUCUCAUCGUUGUCGGUGAUCAGGCCUACCACUGUUGUGUCGUCGGCAAACUUAAUGAUGGUGUUGGAAUCGUGCCUGGCCAUGCAGUCAUGGGUGAACAGGGACUACAGGAGGGGACUGAGCACGCACCCCUGAGGGGCCCCCAUGUUGAGGAUCAGUGUGGCAGAUGUGUUGUUACCUACCCUUACCACCUGGGGGCGGCCCGUCAGGAAGUCCAGGAUCCAGUUGCAGAGGGAGGUGUUUAGUCCCAGGAUCCUUAGCUUAGUGAUGAGCUUUGAGGGCACUAUGGUGUUGAAUGCUGAGCUAUAGUCAAUGAAUAGCAUUCUCACGUAGGUGUUCCUCUUGUCCAGGUGGGAAAGGGCAGUGUGGAGUGCAAUAGAGAUUGAAUCAUCUGUGGAUCUUUUGGGGCGGUAUGCAAAUUGGAGUGGGUCUAGGGUUUCUGGGAUAAUGGUGUUGAUGUGAGCCAUGACCAGCCUUUCAAAGCACUUCAUGGCUACAGACGUCAGUGCUAUGGGUCGGUAGUCAUUUAGGCAGGUUAUCUUAGUGUCCUUGGGCACGGGGACUAUGGUGGUCUGCUUGAAACAUGUUGGUAUUACAGACUCAGUCAGGGACAUGUUGAAAAUGUCAGUGAAGACACUUGCCAGUUGGUCAGCACAUGCUCGGAGUACACGUCCUGGUAAUCAGUCUGGCCCUGCGGCCUUGUGAAUGUUGACCUGCUUAAAAGUCUUACUCACAUUGGCUACGGAGAGCGUGAUCACAUAGUCAUCCGGAACAGCUGGUGCUCUCAUGCAUGCUUCAGUGUUGCUUGCCUCGAAGCGAGCAUAGAAGCGGUUUAGCUCGUCUGGAAGUCUUGUGUCACUGGGCAGCUCGCGGCUGUGCUUCCCUUUGUAGUCUGUAAAAGUUUUCAAGCCCUGCCACAUCCGACGAGCGUCAGAGCCGGUGUAGUACGAUUCAAUCUUAGUCCUGUAUUGACUCUUUGCCAGUUUGAUGGUUCGUCGGAGGGCAUAGCGGGAUUUCUUAUAAGCGUCCAGCUAAUAUGGCUGUUUUAAUGUGUUUAUUGUGUAGGGUAAUUGAAGUUGUUUUGUAUGCAUUCCUCUACAGUGUGAUCUCCAAUUCCAGUAUGGAGAACAUCACCUUUAACUUCACCAUGGAGUGUGGUUCCUACGAGCAGCUGGGCUACUGGCCAAACAACUUUGACGACUUUGCUGUGGGUACCCUUCUCUUGUCUCUCACUCUGCCAGCCUGUGAAGCAGAAUCAUAGGCAGAGAACACAGGGGAGGCUUAGCUCAAGGCGAACAUUCUGACUUUAACGAUAGCAUUCUCUGCAUAGCCCUGUCUACUGUUGUAAGAGACUGGUUUAAUGAGAAUAGGCUUUGGAGGGAAUGAAACUGUAAAACACAUGCUUGGAAUUCUAUCUGUGACUCAUCUGUACUGGCUCUGACUGGGAAGGCUAGUGUUGUGGGGGUAACCUCUCAAAGGGAUAAUGCACUGAAGUAACUUUUAAAAGACACCCAUAAAAUACCAUGGUGGGUAUGUUGACAUUUGAGUCCUGAUCAAUCAAAUGAGUCUUUCAAUUGUGUCUAAAUGUUGAGAGAGUGUGGACACGAAUCUGUGAUUUAUUUUCUCUUCUCUCCUUCUGUUUUGCUCAGUCUUCCCUUGUCCUCCUUUACAACAUCAUGGUGGUGAAUAACUGGCAAGUCUUCAUGGAUGCCUACACCAGAUACACCACAGAGUAAGCCAACAAUAAUACAAAACGAUACAGGAGUCUUAUGAUCCAACUGUCAGACCUUCGUUUCCCUAUCCACUAGAGGGCAGCAGUUGACGCUGAAGCACAUCAGUCCUUUUCAUUUUGGGCCAUGCCUUACUUUAAUGAGCUCCCACUUCAUAAUAUUUAUCUAAUUUCAGUUGUUCCCUAAAAAAUUGCAACUGUUUGGUUGGUUAAACAAGUUUUUGUACCCAACUCAGGAACAAGGCUAGUAACAGUGAAAAUACAUGUAGGAGUGGGGCCAUAGUUCACAUUCAUUAUUUGUCCUGCUUAAAGAGCAUGAAGACAAGUUAAUUGUGCAUGGGGCUCAUUUAGUAAAACAGUGAUUAUGGGUAUGGUGAUGUGUCCAUGUAAACAGUUGAUCAAGUUUCUUCUCUCCUCCCAGGUGGUCCAAGGUCUACUUUGUCUCCUGGUGGCUUACCUCCUCUGUCAUGUGGGUCAACUUGUUUGUGGCUCUCAUCUUGGAGGUAUGUAUCAACUUAUGGUGGCCUGAUUUGUACUUACUGUAUUUUAAGUGCAAGAUGUUUCUGAAAAAUUUUUAAACUCAAUGAUAACCCUGUUUUCUGUAAAAGAACUUCAUCUAUAAGUGGGACCGGAGUGUCACGUGUUCAGUGGCGGACGUUGAGCGAACGGGCUACGAGACCACCGUCCAGCUCAUGUUCAGGUAGGUUGCUUUUUAACUGGCUCUGGCUUUUUGCUUCUGUUGAUUGUCUGGGCGGUUGCAUAUUCAUACUACUUGGUGUUGGUUUUAGGCCUAGAGGUCAGUCACAAACUGGGAUGCCGUCACUGUUAGCGGUUUUGUCAGUUCUCUGUGAACGCAGUCAAAUAUUUUGGCUGUACGUCAUUUAUCAUCAAAAGGCACUGCCUAAAACCAUGCUCUUUGGACACUCACAUUUCAAUACUGUAUAACUUCUCCCAAAAAUCUUCGGGAAUGCUUUUGUCUGGACAAUGUUUCUGGUGAGCUUUCUGAUAACAAACCCUAAAAGGGCAUGUAUUUCUUCAUAACAUAGCUUGCAUAUAAUGCAUUAUAUCAUUUAGGGCUGGGAAUUGCCAAGGGACCUCACAAUACGAUAUUAUCACAAUACUUAGGUGCUUGGAGUCAAAGUAUCAAUAUAAUAUAGAAUAAAAAUAAUAUUGUGAUAUAUAACUAUCAAUUUUUUCCCCCAUCACUAAUGUAAUUGGUAGCAAAAACAUCCUGCCACCUUUUUAACCACUCAAUCAACGAAACGCAUGUCGCUGAAAUAUUUGCUGAAGGUGUGGUUGAUAUGUUUGGCAGGGACCAACCCUUAAUGCCCAUCCCUAAAUGCACAUUGUGGACUAUAGCAGCCGCCUGCAUGAGCGUACUUCUCUUCAACUCAUUGUGUGUCUCUUGACACAGUUUCUUGUCCUGUCUUUAAAACUCCACUGUACCUUCCAGAGAACACAUUCAGGAGCCUACAGAGGAGGAGCUGGUCACCCAACUCCAUCAGCACCCUCACCUGCAUCUCAGCUGAAGACCCUACACCCCUCACACACCAUUGGACCCUACGUCCAACCAGGCUUGUACCAAUCCAAAAUAAACAGGGCCUUUACUGGCCUAUCACGUUUGUCUGUGUGAAUGGCAGGGACUCAAAAGCAGAAAAGUGACAAUAUUGUUAGGGUUCUCUCAAUUCUGAUUAGUCCUAUGUUGUCACAUUUUGGAUGUUUUUGCACUCAAACCACUGAACAACUGCCUCACUCCCUGCAUCUGUUACUUUAAAACUGAGAUUGAAAGAUUGAGUUGCUAAGCGUUUUGUUCAUGUUAAAUCUGUUAUCACUUUCGUUUGAUGGCAGUCACUAUAUGCCAUCAAACAAAACAAAAUACACCACUGUUCUUAAUGAAUUUAUUUAAUAGGGAGUAAAAAGGGAAAAGGACUAGUUUUUAUUCGUAUAUUUGUCAUGAAUGCUGUUUCUUUUGCUUACCUGCCUUGCAAUGUAAAUAGGAUUUUUAUGCAAAUAAAGAAAUAUGGGUUUUAUCUCAGUGACUGUUAUAUCAAUUAUGAAAUAUGUGUUUAGAAUGGCUGGAAAUGAUUCUCUCAGAUGUGUAAAACACAUUUUACACAUGGCCUGCCCUUGUUUUUUUUUUGCAUUGGGUCAAUUCUCUCUUGGAUAGCUACAGCUACAAUUUCAUCUUGAAGUUACAUAAUUACCUGACUGUUGCAAUCAGUUGGAAGGUGUCAGCAUUGUGUGUUUUCUGAGAGCCUUGGGUGUUCCAGUCAUAACCACCAACUGAUAUCUCCCUCCUCCACACUCAUCAGGUCAGGCUAGUUAGUGAUAAGCAUGAAUGAAGAUUCCUGCUGAUGCAUCCUGGUGAUGGUCAUUUCAGAUAAGGGCUCUUAGCUCUCCCCGGGGCAUGCAAGUCUUGACUGAGGAAUCCUGCUCACACUGCGGAAUGGCAUGGUAUCGAAUGGAAUGGAGAACUGUUAUUCUACCUGGAGGGCAGUGGGAGAAACAUGUGUUUUUGAGAAUAGUAUAAAUUGUAUGUUUUACAACGUCAUAAUAAAAUGCAAUCAGAAAGAUAAUUACGGUGAUCAAGGCAUGGCACCAUUCUAGACAUUGCCCCUGGGGGUUUGUUCUGUGGUCCUAUGCUAAUAGUGUACACACACACACACUGGUGUUGACACUCCACACCCCCACACACUCAAGCAUUAUGUUUACUGGAAACAGAUGAGGGCAAACAAGCCAACCUCCAGAGGGCCUGACAUCAAAGCUCUGACCUCCUCCUCUCCUCCCACUAUUUGUUUGCUUUUCCUCUUGGGGAGUUUGGGCUCGUGCAAGGCCUUACCACAAACCCUGUCCACAACCACAUAAGAAUGUAGGGACAUGUCUGGUUAAAAGCCCAUUGCAUGACAAUAUGACAGACUAUUGAGAUAUGAUGUAGGCUAGCUAGCCUGUGAAGGGCUAUCUGGAUGCUUCUAUUUGAGUCUUUUCAGAUUAGUUAUUUCUAGAUUGUAGAACAGGGAUGGGCAACUGGCGGCCCCCGCUUUUGUAGGCCUGCGGACCAAUUCGAUUUAUUUUUUUAUUUUUUUAUUUGGGGGGGAACUCAGUCGGGGUCUCAGCUUACUGUUGAGAGUUAGAAUAAUAGAAUAUACAAGGUGCAAUUUCUAAAUUUGGUUGUGCAUCAACAGUCACUCAAUUAGCCCAUGACAUGUUUUUUUUUAUUGGUAAGUUAGUCUAGUGUCCAACUAUUUAAACUUGUAGCAUGGUCGAAUUACCAACCAGCGUGGGGCCCAUUAAUCAUCAGUUAUCAUAUUAAAACCUGCAAACAUUUGGCUCCACCCUAUGGCAAAAUGUGUAGAAUUGGAUGAAAUUAUCUGUAAAACUGGUACUUUUUUUUCUCCGCCCCAUGGCAAAAUUUGUAGAAUUGCAUGAAAUUAGUUAUAAAACGAAAACAUUUUCUUUACGCCCCAUGGCAAGAUGUGCAGAAUUGCAGGAAAUGAACUUUAAAAAUUAAAACAUGUCAGCCAUGUUCUAUCUAGAGCCCACCACUGCAGUGAAGGCAGAGCCAGAGGCAUCCCAGACGAGGCAUGAUUGGCGAUAAUUAGAAGCAGGUGGUUAAUGAGUCCGGCAGACUAAUGAACACCACACAUUCCUGUUUACCCAGCUUGAUGAGGACAGAUGAGGUCAACAGAGCCUGGCUGCCUGGAAUACCACGACUAGCAGGAGGGAUAGGCCUAGGGGAUGUGUGCUGGAGUAGUGGUUCCUAGACUUUUUUACUCAGGCCCCCUUUCCAGCAUCAGGGAACAUCCCGAGCCCCCCCCCCCCGCUCACUUUAUAUGGGCACAAGCACUGUUCAUGACACAAACUGUUCACACUCCUCUUGUUGGUGGAGAGAAAAUGUUGCAGGUUAAAGCUUAUUUCCUGCAAUUCUACAAAUUUUGUCACGGUGUGCGGUGCAGAGAACAUUUUGCAGUUUUAAAGUUAAUUUCCUAGAAUUCUCCACAUUUUCCUAUGUCUUAUGUGUUCAUGUGAUAUUUGAGUGACUCAAACAUGACAACAAAAUCAAUGGCCUAAAAAACCUAAGUAAAAAAUGUUAGCUGACAUGGACUAAUUGAUCUGUACAUUUCUGAAAAGUUAUAAAUAUGCCAGUCAUUGCCGAACAUAGAGAGCUAUUUAUAAAUAGCUCUCUAUGUUCGGCAAUGACUGGCAUAACGAGGAAAGCUGAUGAUGCACUACCCAAUUUCGAAAUUGCACCCUGGGCAUUCUACUAUUACAACGUUCAGGGGUAAAUUGAAAGCCGGAUUGAGUUUCUUCAAAAUCCAACAAAAUCAUGCCCUUCACAGGCUAGCUGUGGGGCCACAGUUUGGGAACCACUGUGCUAGAGGAAUGCAGGCUGGGCAGAUGUAUGUAUGUGGUGAUGUAGACUCUAGACAUGCCAUCCUCCUGCUCAAACGUGGAUACGGGACAAUGGUUGUUGUAGUUACAUUGACCACAGUCAGUUGUAUUGUAAUGACUGUGGUGGUUUUAAUAGUCAUUACAUCCCCUAGGAACCUACUAUAUCACUGCAGUCUGUUUCUUUACCAGACCAUAGUUUGUUUACCCGGUUGUUCGUUCAGUCACUGGGUUUGCUUCUGCUACCUCAGUGUUUGGUCAGCCUCACUUCUCACUAGACGCUCAGUUUCAUCAACGUCUAGGCCAGUGUUUCCCAAACUCCUGGGGACCCAAAGGUUUUUGGUUUUGCCCAAGCACCACAGAGCUGAUUCAAAUGUAAAGCUUGAUGAUGAGUUGAUUAUUGGAAUCAGGUGUGUAGUGCUAGGGCAAAAACCAAAAUGUGCACCCCUUGCGGUCCCCAGGACCGAGUUUGUGAAAUGCUAGUCUCUAGGUCUACAUGUACACCAAACAGCAUGAGGAAUCAGGGUUACAGUAAUUGGUUGAAUGAGUCAAGUGUCUCUAUCUGAUCUCCAGCUGUCAGUGCCUCCAUCCCCCCACACACAUUCCCUGCAGAAGAUGUUCAUGGGAAGCUAGCUCUCUGUGUUACCUGCCAAGCUGAAUGAUGUCAUAGCCUGGCAAGCUUUUGCUCUGUGUGCUGGAAUACCAGUGAUGAGAGAUGUCAGUUCUCCAAGCAUGUGAAGAAUGCAGCUGCUGACAGGGGAGGUGACCCAACAGGGUUAUUACAUUUACAUUUUAGUCAUUUGGCAAACGCUCUUAUCCAGAGCGACUUACAGUUAGUGCAUAACAUUUUUUUCAUACUGGCCCCCCGUGGGAAUCGAACCCACAACCCUGGCGUUGCAAAUGCCAUGCUCUACCAACUGAGCUACACGGGACUACGGUUAUCUAUCUAUCUAUCUCUCUCUCUCUUUACUAAAGAGGAUAUUGGAAAUAAAGUGAGGCAUUCACAUGCAGUGACGAAUAGAGACUGGUUGGCCUUGCCUCCUACUGCUUGAAGGUGUUGUUUGUUGCUCACUGUGGGUUUUGGUUGAUCUUUCCCUGUGUUUGUGUUAUUCCCUGUGUGAAGCAGUUGGCAGGACUACCAGCGCUAGUUACAGCACGUGGGACUGACCUCUGGUAAACCCUUUUUGUUUCUGGAGUAGCAGAAAAUAUCAUAAUUCUUCUGAACCUGUAUUUCCCUGCUAGUAACCUCAUUAUGGCGGCCGUCAGUCCUUCCAGAAUGUUUCUGAUAACAUCUUGUCAUUCUCACUGCUCUGAAAGAGUUCUCACUGAUUACUGAGGGGAGUUUCUUUCCAUGAUCCCUCUUUUCUCUCUCUCAUUCUGUAAAAAGGGAUUUACUGCCCUUUUUGUUCCUGAUCAAUAUGCUUCACCUGAUCAUUCAGAUGGUUUGACUGUGUCUCAAGGUUUUUCUUAUUUGGGUGAAUAGGCCUAAUACCAACAUAUCAGCUAUUGAAAAUCCAAUUGUCCCUCUAUUGAAUCUCAAGCUGUCACCCUUAGAAGUAGUGUGGCAUCUAGAAAGUUGAAGAAUAAAAACAAAAAGAUUCCAUUUGCCAUCCAGCUGCUGAUUGUGGAUCAUCUUUCACGUCCUAAGUCCCACCACCAUAGUUAAUAGAAGAGGAGCGAGGAAGCUGAUCCAGGAGCAACUGUCGGGGGGCAGGUUUAGUCAACACCUACUUCUCCAGCCUUCCCUGUUCACCUGAAGGCUUAGCUAACUUGCCUCUAUAAGCUCUAAUGAUACCUGUUGGCCUCGGCCCACUCUCUCACCCCUUUCACCAAAUGCGGGAGGCCUGCUUUUACAGCACCUUUUGAAGCUGCCGCACCUGGGUGCGAUCUUACAUUUCGCUCAGGGAAAACGUGGAUUUAUAUAAUUAAAGGGCUGGAUUGGGCUGGACAAAAGAACCUUGCAACUCCACAGGUCUUUAUGGUGAGGUAUUGGGCCGUUCUCACCCUCUGUGAAGCCACUGGGAGAGAAUAGAAGGAGAUGUCCCUACGCCCACACCACCAUACAGCCUUUACCCUUUACUCUGAGACCAGGCCACCCAUAUCUGGACACACAGGGAGAGGUAUGACCUACACCACAUAUCACCUCCCCUUCACCUCUUCACAACUCCGUCACCACAUCUUCCAGGUCCUAUCUGAGGUCUCCCUGACUGUAAUUACUCAGCCGCCCACCAAACGGACCGGCCGACCUGGCCCCUUUCUUCUGUUCAAUGGCAGCCUGCCUGCCCUGCCCUCCUCUGAGUGGGAGCAGAUGCACCUGUCAGUCAGGCCCUACCCAGCUCCUUUCUCUGCCUGGUAGAGAGGCGGAGCAGGGGCUGGUGCCCACUCAGGUGAGCGGGGCCGUUGAUCUGGGGCACGGUGCACCCUGGCAGCCUCCUCCAACACCUGCCAGCCAGGUGCCACUUUAUCGCCUCGCUACCCCCUCCCUCUCGCCUCUGUUUGUCCGGUUUUACUCCCCAUGCAGGAUAAGAAGGGCUGUAAACAAUAAGGGAGAAAGAGAGGGGAAAAGUUCAGGAAAUUCCACUUUCAGCUUGUCUCACGCCCAGCCCAUCUUUAGCAAGCAGCAGCUGGUUCUCUCUCACCCACUUUCUCUCUCUCUCUCUCUCUCUCUCUCUCUCUCUCUCUCUCUCUCUCUCUCUCUCUCUGUCUCUCUCUCUCUCUCUCUGUCUCUCUCUCGCUCCCACUCUGGGUGUGUGAGGGAGAGACAGAAGUGCAUUGCUUUGAUCAAUACUCCAAAUUGCGUAACACCAUAAGAAGCAUUUUAGUUGAAAUUACUAAGCAUUCGCUACAGAUAUUGUAUUGAAGUGCCCUUUUCAGUGAUUAAAUACUCAGUCAAAAACCCACAAGAAUACUUUCAUCAAGUUUCUUCCCCACUUUAUGGCAGAGCACACUUCAGAAAAACGAGAUGCUGUUCAAUGCACUGUUGGUUGCUCUGCCAGCCUAAUGACAUUAAAAGAGAUUUCUGCAAACACCCCUCUCUGUGUCUGGCACUGUAACUCUCCAGUAAUAAAUUAACUUGUGGCCAAAGUGUGGAAUGCAUUCUUCAGCAGCGGAAGCAAUCAGUCUGCCCAUACUGGCCUUUCUCUCCCGCUCAAUAGAGAGCAGGCUCAUUUGCAUACAGGUGAGAAGAAGAAAGGUCUUUAGAGAGGGAAUAGGGACGACGAGGCCGAUGAUUGUAGAGUAAGAAGCAAAGGUGUUUUUUCUGGGGACCGAAUGAGGGGGAUUUUCCCCCAGAAAGGUUUAGGUCAACAUUGGCAUGUAGACAGAAGCCUGCAGCUGUCCUCUGGGCUCUGUCUGUAGGAGGCAAGGCAGCCAUUAGUCUCUGUCAGAGCAGAGCUGCUCUGGGAAACUUCCAUACUUAAUUAGAGGGAUCCCACCGCUAGAGGGCAGUAGUUGCUUCCUAGAUGCAACAAGUCCUAGAUGCAACAGGUGGUGAAUUCUAUGAGACUAUCUUACCCCCACUUGUUCUAUGAAGAGAAAACAAAAGGCUUGUGGUUUAUGGGAGUUUUCAAGACCUAGGCCUACAGUGUUUCCAGUUUUAUCAGGCAUGGUGUUCAAACAUGAACAUGAAAAAAGUCCAGUUCCCUGUUAUUGGACAUAGCUGGCUGUUUAGUCAUGCUGUUUGAUGGAGCCUGAUUAAAUAGAAGGACUACUCUGCAUUGCUAUGAUAAUGAUGAGGUUAUCAUAUGAUGUCCAUUAUGGCCCAGCUCUUAUCACACCUACAUCAGCAGCCUACUCCCAUCCCAAUGUUGUUCUGAUUUCUCAGUAAUCCACCAUGACAAAGUGUCUCAUAUUUUUAUUAAUGCUGAUUGACCCCCCUUUAGAUAUAAAACCUAUCAACCUACUCUCCAUAUAAGGGCCUAUUGUUCAUAGUCCACAUUAUUGUGUGUGUGUGUGUGUGUGUGUGUGUGUGUGUGUGUGUGUGUGUGUGUGUGUGUGUGUGUAAAGAUGAGGGGGAGCCAUCUCCUGUGGGCAGAGUUGUACUUAGUUGCGGUGAACGUGAGAAGGGUCACUGAUGUGGCAUCUUAAGUUUCCUGGUAAUCGCUCUUGAAGGAAGUGUUCAGAGUUUCCCACAGAGACAGGACAAUGAGUCUAGUCUUGGUUGGUUGAACGCAGCUACCUGCCACCCCUCUCCCUCACUCGCUCUCCCUCCCAAUCUCUCAAAUCAUUCUCCAUUAAAUGGGAGCCUACAUAUUUUCAUAGAUCAAGUCUCUUCGCAGAGGGCAUGUAAUGGAUACUGCUAGAAUGGAACUGUUUAUAUUGGCUUUAAUAGAUCUACAACCUUACCUUGAAAAUGUCUGAAGCUGUUUCAGUGAUUUUUAGGGAAUACGAUUUCUUAAUCAUGUUUUUGCACUGAUUAUACGGUAGAUGGGGAGAGUUACAGGUAGUGAAUUCAGGUGUGUUUCCAAAACGUGGCGUUGUAGUCCUUAAUGAACUACAUGUAUUGUUCAGUGUGCAGUGUCAUUUUGGCAUGACUGUAGCCUCCCCAAGUGCCUUGAGGAAAUGUGCCAGGAUUUGUUGUUGGAUUUGGCCGGAUGGACGUGUGUGAUUUUUGGCAUAUUAGUGGCCCAUCCUGUUAAAGCGAAGGAUUAUUCUCUGCUUUAAGCCCAUGUCACCACUGUUUAAGACUGUUGCACUCCAAUACAUUUUCUCAGAGGCUGACGGAACCACCUAAGCUCAUUACAGUGCUGUGGGCAGCAAUGUGGUGUCUAGUGGUCGAGCCUGCUGACCCCUGAGGGUCGCGGGGUCAACAUGCAGGGUCAACGGAGGGGGUGCCAUACAAUGAGGCUGACAUGAUAAACAUGAGCUCCCAAGGGACAAUGCUAACAGUUCUCUAUCCUGGGUCUAUAUCCCUGAGCUGUAAAUUGAAUGCAUCCAUCCAACUUGAUUUCAUUGAUGAUCCUGAAAAGGAGGGAGUCUAUGGGAAUCAGGGGUGAAGUUGGGUGAAUGGUUGGUGUGGAGAUUGGGAGCUAAGGAACAGACAUCCUCACUAGAAUGUCCUAGCUGAGCUCCUUACUCUGCUUACAGCCCUCUGAUAUGACUUGGCUGCAAAGUCCAAACAUUGUCCUGACCUCCAACCCUAACCCUUGUAAACUGUAGUCUUCAUUGCUCUCCCAGGCAGACCAGACCACCACCAGGCCAGGCAUGUGAGAAGUGAAGUGAGGAAGCAAGGAACACGGACGUCUCGGUGCAAGAUGUUCUGGUGUGGAUUUCGGAUGGAUGCAGACUUGUCAGAUGAAGGGAGAGCUGGAAAUAAAGGAGGGUGAAAAUGAAACAAAUGAGAAUAAUGAAGAGAAUAAUCUCAUGGAAAAGAAAAGCUCCUCGUAGUCUGGAUGAUGGGAGGAGGGAGGGAGGGGAGAGGAGAGAGGAGGGAAGAGAGAGGGUGCUGAAGAGAAGGGGGCUCCUCACUUCGCUCAUCUGCUCGAUUAGCACGGUGUGCAGUAUUUUAGCGGCCCCCCUCCUCGCGCAUGCCUCACACAGUUGCCAUCGUUAGCGGCGGCAGUAGCCUGUCAGGCACUCUGGUGUGCAAGGGCCUCCUUUGUGCCAAGGUGGGGAGGGUGCUGGAGGGAGGGAUGGAGGGGGAAGCAGGGGCAGCCGGCGGGGCCUUGCAGCUGUCGCGAGGGUCGGCCCAUGGACGCCUGUGA